GAUGCCAGAGAGCGCUGCUUCCAGGGAAUGAGCCCCUCAGCUCCCACUGGGGGCGGCAACGCCGCCCCUUAGGCAAAGCUUCCGUCUCUUGGAGCCUUUUACCAGCUGGACCCCACUGUUGCUGCCCCUGGGUCUGAUAAUCACCUCAGCCAAGGCCAGGCUGAGCAAGAGGGACACCACUCUGAAGGGUGACAAGAGGCCAGGGGAGCCAGUAUGCCAGGAAAUCAGGAUGCUUACAAAGUCUGUGUGUCGGGGUUAGAAGGACAAAACCCUGUUCCACAGAAGAGCUCUGGUUGAAAAAAAGGACGGAGGGUACCAUUCAGACUGGAAUUCUGGGUCCCCUAUUUGAAGAAGUGUCUUUGGAAACAGCGGAAGGAAUCCACGUUGGUCCUACAGACGGUGUCUUCCUCCGGAUUCUACCCACACAGUUGCAGCGGUCCCUUGGCUCCCAAGGGACAGCUCUCAUUCCCCAUUUCCCUGCGUCCCUAGCGAAUGGCUAAGAAAAAUUGAAGAGCCAAGCUUAGAGGCAGGCUCUGGACGGAGCCCGUCAAACGGAGCACUGUCAGAGUCAAGGGGAGCACUGUCAGAGUCAAGAGGAAGAGCUUCGCGCUCCCUUGGCCUGCUGCUGACGCCCCGCAGCAAAAGCCGCCGCCGCAGAAGGCAGUCUUGAUCACCAGCCACAACUGGCCUCAGAGGUCCCCACACUGACUCCGUUUGGUCUCUAAUCACUGGUCUUGUUGCCCCACCCACUUUUUUUUUUCCUGGAUUCGAGGCAAUGUUGCCUCAAAACAAGGACCACCAGGUGCUGUUACAGAACGCAGUGCCCCCAGGGUGUCCCCCCCAGGUCCUCUCCCAGUUUGUGGACUCCCGCCCAUCCAACUUAGCGUCUCUCUCUCCCCAUCUGACCCUCCCUCCUUCCCAUCUACCUUUGCCCUCUCCCUCACAGGCCUACUUCCCCCUCUCGUUGCCCCAGUCCCGCUCUCCGGGGCCUCACUCGUACUCUUCCGACUCCAAUUCUGACUUUGUCCCUCUUCCCUACGCUUCCUCUCUCCCAAGUCCCCCCACUUUCUUUGGCCAGAACUACCCUUGUCGCCCCUCUCCACACCCAGCCUCUCCCCACAACUACGGGCUGUGCCUCUCUCCUCCCCUUAGCAGUUCCUCCUCUCUUUCCCAGCUACAAAAUUCCUCUCCUGGCUCUUGCCAGUCUCCCCCCCACCUCCAGGACCUUCACAAUUCCACAGUCACCUCCCCCAGCCCCAGCUCACCAUCUCGAGGAGGGGUUCCCAGUAACAAACAAACAUGGCAGUGGCCUCAGUCCGGAAACACCAGGUCCCCUGGGGCGGCAGAGGGAUGCAUGGCAAGCAAGUUGGACCCUGCAGAAUUCAAGGACCCAGAGGCCCUCGCCCGAGCGCUAGUGCUCCGUGUGGGGCACCGCAGAAUUGCCCGAGACCUGCAGCUACUGUUUCUGCAGCGCCUCUGGCUAGGCACAACCGGCCAGGCUCCGGUCGUGGAGUACCCCAUUUGUCUAGCGUGCCUCCAGCCCCGCACCCCGUCUUGCCCCACCCCCAAGCACAAGACUGGGCCGAGGCUGCUUGCCUUCCCUCAACUACUGCCCUGUGCCGAGGGCCAGGAAUCGGGGCCUCUCCGCUUAGGCAUUGGCUUCGGCCUCCGCUUGCCUCGGGGCCAGGCCAAGGCCUUGCAUCUGCUACCAGAAAAAAAGCGGCAGGAAGCAAGGCGUCCAGGAGAGGUCCUCCGGAGCCAAACGCCUGCAACCCAGGCACCAGCAGCUCAAGUCACAGGCACCCUCUCCCGGGACGAGAGCCUCAGGUCUGCAGGCCUCCAGUCAACAAAAUCCAACCAGUGUUUCAGGUCUCCACCUCAGGCACCAAGACGGGUCACUGUCUCCCCAAAGCCCUGGUCGGGUCCUGUCCCAAGGAGGUCUGUGUCUCCAGAAUCUAUUCUCCAAAAGCUGCCAUCUUAAUUCCAGAGCAACGGAGACCCUCUGGAACACCCCCUUCAAACCCCACCCUCUCUACCAGGACUUCUCAGACCUUGGGAAGUCACAGGAACACCUUGAAGGGCUGGCUGGCCGGAGGCCAGGUGUGUUCUCCGGCCUUGAACCCUGGGAACCCCUUGUGGAGCCUGCUCUCCCCUGGUUGAAGAGGACCAGAGGCACCCAAUGCCCUCAUUCAGCCUUCAGUGUAGCCAAUAAAGCCUAAGCCUGAGAA